UUGGCAUACCCAAAGAGAAAUGUUGGUGUCAAGUGUUUAUGUUUCUAAACAAAUGCUUGUCUAUAUUGUGUCUUAAGUUUGAGCUCAGGUGCCUUCAAUAAGUACAAAGCCUGUGUAUUCAAUAGAGCCAGUUAAUUUCGGUAAUAAAAUGUUUAGGUUCUUUAGUAGACGAUCAAGAGAUCGACAGAAACCGCGAUCAAGUUCGUCACACUCGACAAGUAAAUCGAAGCAUUUGUUGGUGUGCAAAGUAGUACUGCUGGAUGACACUGAUAUGACUGUCGAGCUUCCAAAAAAAGCUACAGGGCAGCAAUUACUUGAUCAAGUAUUUUAUUCACUGGAUAUAAUAGAAAAGGAUUAUUUUGGAAUGCAGUAUAUGGAUCACAACCAUGUACAGCACUGGCUCGACCCUACGAAGCGAAUCAAAAAACAAGCUAGAAUUGGACCACCUUACACUUUGAAGCUCAGGGUGAAGUUUUAUGCUUCAGAGCCCAGCAACUUGCAAGAGGAACUAACUAGGUACCUGCUGUUUUUGCAAAUAAAAAAGGACAUCGCUUAUGGGAAACUGUUGCUGUCCAAUGAACUGGCUGUAGAGCUUGCAGCACUGAUCCUACAGUCUGAGGUUGGCGACUAUGAUGCGGACGAGCAUACGCCAUCGUUUGUGUCUGAAUUCAGGUUUGUGCCUAACCAGACGGAAGAUUUUGAAGUGCAAGUCAUUGAAAGUUACAAGAAAUUCAGUGGCCAGAACCCUGCACAAGCUGAGUUGAACUUUUUAAACAAGGCUAAAUGGGUGGAACAGUAUGGGGUUGAUAUGCACCACGUCAUGGGCAAAGAUGGAUCAGAGUACGGUCUAGGACUCACUCCAACUGGCUUGCUCGUAUAUGAAGGAACACAAAAGAUUGGCCUUUUCUUCUGGCCAAAGAUGACACGAUUAGACUUCAAGGGAAAGAAGCUAACUUUGGUUGUGGUGGAGGAUGAUGAAGAUGGCAAGGAAAAAGAACACACGUUCCUGUUCCGCCUUCACAACCAAAAGGCCUGCAAGCAUCUAUGGAAGUGUGCUAUAGAGUAUCAUGCAUUUUUCAGGUUGCGCACCGCUCCCCAGGCACGCGGCAACAGGCAGGGCUUCUUGAGAAUGGGCUCGCGGUUCCGCUACAGUGGCAAGACGGAAUUCCAAACGGCGCUGCAGACCAAGGGCCGCAGGUCCGUGCAGUUCGAGAGGCGACCUAGUCAGCGAUUUUCGCGCCGCCAGUCCCACGUCAUACGGGAACGUCUCGCUAAGCAGACACCACCGAACGAGACCUCGACACCAAAGAAGGGUUUGGGAGUGGACAAAUCAAAAGCAUCUGCACCAGAGGGAGCAGCAUCUACAGCAAACAAUUUGAAGGCAGACACUAUUCCAAAUGGCCAAUUGCCUGUAACGGAUGUAAAGGCAGCCACCAAUACCAAGAAGGGAAGCACAAGCAGUGCAGAACAAGCCAGUGGGGUAGCCGAGCACAAACCCAAUGUUUCAGAAGCUGAAAGGUCUGAAGUAAUGGCAGCUAGAAUGAAAAAUUUGGAUUCCACUGCCACAGCAGUAGAGGUUGCUCUGCCGAAGGCUGAUGCCAAGGAGGCGAACACAUUCAAGAACAACCAGACCAAGUUUGCGGGUGGAGCAACCAGCAUUCCUGCAUCACAGCUCAAGUGUAACAUACUGAAGGCCAAGAUGGAGGAGGAGAUGAAGAAAGCUGACAAGCCCCUGCUAACAGUUCAGCUCCCUGCAGAAGAUGCUGCUGCUGCUGUCAAGCCAAUAAAAAAUGUCAACCUGCAGAGUCCUAGGGAGAAAUCUGCAGUCGAAGAGAGUGGACCCGUAGUAAAGUCCAAUUCCCCAAUAAGUGUCACAGCAGUUACACUGAAUGACGUGGAUACCAGUUCCAGCUCCUCGCUACAGGCAAGUCCUGGUGCAGGUGCAACAGCUGCAGUAAACACCUCCUCACACAGUGGAAACAGCAGCCCUGCAAUCGAUGCUUCACAUCCUGCCAGCCCUGUUUCACCUAGCAUGCUAACAGUGACCGAUGCUGAGAAGAGGGCCAGCGUCAGCUCUGACUCCAACGCUAGUAACCAUAGCGACACCGUUCGCGACACGUCGCCGCUCCUGAAGAAGCAGGCGCCGACGGCGAUGUCGCCGUGGCUCGUCGACGACAUUGUCGAAGAAAAGCAAGAGGAGACGGUCCCCAAUCGGAGCAAGGUAACUAGGCGUGUCGUGAUCACAGAGAUCUGAGCACACUGUCGUUUGCACUCGUGGGGCCGCCUGAGUGACAAAGCCAGUCGUGUCAAAGUGAGUCAUGACACCAAAUCUUUAAAGCUGUCUACAAGUGUGUGGGUUGAGCAGUUCUUUUACCUUGAGAGGUUGGUGUACCUCGGUCUUUCUUACUGAGCAGGUAGGUUUGAUUGGUGAGGGGGUUAUAUAUAUAUAUAUAUAUACAUAUGAUAUAUAUGCAGUGAAAGUGUGUGCGGGUGUAAUUGGGAAGAACACAAAUUCCACUAUUUUCCAGAAUUUUCGCUAUUGAUGCAAGUGCCUAUGUCUGAGGUAAAUCCACAUGAUCUCUAGUGUACUCCCCUUUCAUAAGACAAACUAACUCUUGUCUAUUUUAUCUAAGUCCAUUUUAUACUUACUGUAUGUAUAUAGACCUACAUUCCCUUUUCUCCCCACGUUUUAUGUUCAACAAGUGCUCACCCGUCUGUGUUGGAAAGGUUUUUGUGAUGUACGUCACGUGUGUGCGUACCUGAUCGUGCCGCAGUGAGGUACGGCCAUGUUCUAUGAUACGAUAUACGCAAUAGACGCAUGCACGUAUUCAUGAUACAGCAAUUUGCUCGUAGAUGCCUCGACCAAUUGUGCCAUGAUGCUAAUCCGUGCCAUUAUGAGCUGUGGAACAUUUACGAUAUAACACUACUUCAGUGCGGUUCCGCUAUGUAAACAUUCCAUAAUUGUCAACUUGUCUCAAUUGAAUUUCACGUAUACAUAAGAAUGUGGUUUUUACAGAAUUAUUUUCAAGAAACCACAGUUUAAAUUUGCAAAUUUUUGUGAAGUGUGGUUGUGUUCAGCAUGUUCUUGGAACGUUGCUUUGGUUUUACAUUGAGAAAAUAUGUAAUAUUUUGUGGUUGUGACUGCAUGAUUCAGCUAAGGUGUUACUGUGUUAAAAGUAUGAUAUGUAUAUACACACACACAUAUAUAUAUAAAUAAAAAUAUAUAAUAGAAUACGGAGGAAAGUUAAAAGAAGAUGAGCUUAUAAGUUACCGAUUGUUAAUAUGAACCAUGUAUGUAUAUUUUGUCUGUUUAGUGAUAAAUGAUUCUCCAUCCAUUUCUUUAAUCUAGUUUAAGAUAAGUAUAAGAAAUGCAGUGCUUACUUUGAAAAAUGAUAGGAAUAUAUUCAGAGUUCAUAUAUUUGUACUAUGCGUGUACAUAUCUAUAUUUAGCGGAAUUCAAAUGACAUGUUAGGUUAGCUCAGAGCAUGUGAAAGAAGUCCUGGAAGCAUAGUUGGUGUACUAUUCUUAUAUUAAUCCUCUGGCCAACCACUAUUCCUGCCUGCUGUUGUCGGUGAUGUACACUAUAUUUUAUGCGCAUAUUUUCGUGUCUAGCCACCUAAAACAAUUUAGCACUGAUUUUGUAUUGUUGUGAGCAAUGCUUCAGUCGUUAACCUUUAGUGGGUAUAGCGAUGGAAGUCCAUAACUACAUUUAGUAGUAAACACCAAGUUUUCUUUCUGUAGACCUCCUAACACAUUGAAUACUUGGUCUUCCGCGAAUUAGGAAAUUAUUGCUAUUCGGAUGACGGUGCUAGCCGAUUAAUUCUGUUUUCAACGUAUUAUUACCCUGAUAGACUAAUAAUUGAUCCGUACGGUAGGCAUAGCAUGACGGCAAGUGACGGAAGUGCAUCAUCAGGAAGCGUCGAAGAGAUACAGUGAGGAGUGUUAUUUUAUAUGCUAAUCAACAAAUGAAAGAUUCCACAAGAUUAUUAGUAAAGUUACACGCGCAUAUAUAGAUAUAUUGCAAUUGUGCAUGAAGUUGUAUAUCUGUUAGAAGGCAGCCUGAUCAAAUAUUCAAUUUACCUUAAUGAUGUUAGCAUGUAUUGCUAAUAACCGCAGCUAACAACGGGAGGUGUUUGUGUGACAGCUGUGCAGAGCUAGUGUCGACGCUGUUGGGUUGUCACAGUUGGACCAAUAACACCACAGACGAAGAACAGUGACAUCUUCACCAUUGCGUAAUGAAACUAUAAAUGCGCUUAAUUGUUUGAAACGGAAUUCAGUCGCUGAACAGUAUUUUCGCUGUCAUAAUUUAUAAAAUUCCAAUGAUUAGUGGCUUUGUAUUUGAUAUAAAUAACGAUAAACGGUUUAUAAGAAAAUCACACGGAUUAUAUAGUUUAUAUAGAAAUAUCGGUGAUGAACAAUAAUAAAUCGAUGCACUGGUUAAGCUGAAA